AUGGCUGGAGGCCUCCUUGAGGCCGAGGCCAGGAGCCAUAAUGCGGUGCUCUUGUUCAGAGAAGGCCCGCUCCGCCCGCGCUUGUGGGCGGCUUGUUUGGUGUGUGAACUUGGAAGGACGGAGAUCUUGUGGUCGGGUCGCAAGCGCUUGCGAGCGAGCCUGUCGGUCUUGGUCGACCACUCCAUGUUCCCGGAAGAGGGGUGUGUUGGGAUCUUCGUGGUCCCCCCCCCUUGGGAUGCGUCGUUGGGAACCGGAGACCUUCUAGCGACAAACAGGACUUCCUCGGUGGCCGUGCAGCCGACCGAGGCCGGGCAGGCAAUAAGGCUUCUCGUGCCGCUGCUCCGCGGGUGUGCAUGGGCUCGUCGCUAUGGCGAAAAUCUCGAGUCUGGGUGGUGGCGUGGGGGCGAAUGAAACGGUUAGCGGACGUUGGUUUUCGUUUUCGAAUAGGGCAGGGACUCAAAGAAAAAAAAAUCCACGCUGUCUGGCAGCGAGCUAAAUAUCGUUGAUGCUUGCUGUGCAGCUUUGAUGAGUAUUGGGAGAGGGAGUGGUCGCC